AUGUCUGUUCCACCAUUCGCUUCUUACCAUCCGAUCUCCUCAACUUGCAUAUGCCCGCUUUCUUGCCAGCUCACGGACGACCAGUUCGGAGAUGGCGCGAGCGACGACGACGCAAACAUAAACGACGGCGCGUUGGCGUUGGCUGUCGAGGCGGUCGGGCCCUGAUCUCCUGUUGCUGUCGGAAUUUUCAGGCGCGGGUGUUGAAUUCAUGUUUCGUUCUGUACGAAGCGUUACAAUCCCGCAUGGGUUGUGUCGUCGGGAGUCUCGGAGUCUACCUGUGGCUGAAAGUGUUGCCGAUUUCCCUGUCGGUGUAUUGUACUUGAAUGUUGUAGGAAGACUCAUGACGGAAGAGCAAUUAUUGUGCGCCUUAUGUGCUAAUUCUGAUUUCUGUGGCCGCAAUUUGGUUUAAAUCUCAAUCUUUGGUGAAAAAGUGCGUACCUCAUCUAGCCCACGGAAGGGUGACGGAUGUAUCCGUACACCUUCGCAGGAAACAUCAGCGUUGUUAAUUAUCUGUUCCGUCCGUGCAGAGGCGUUCUUGUUGUACACGAAGCAGGUAGUAAUUCGACGGAGGUGAUGCUUUCAUUGUCGGGUUCCCUUUCUUGGUGAUACCGAGAAUCUCGAUGGAAGAACCUCUACUUUUGCCCUGGUUGUAGAUGUUGUUCCCGUUUUUUUGUUAUGGUGCAGUAUUGUGUGAUGGUACAUGAUAUGACAUUUGUGGGAUGAGUCUUGAGCCCACAUGUUUUGA